AUGGAGAACAACAAAAAGAAGGUGGGAGGAGGUUCUUCCUCAUCAUCACUCACAAACUUUGAUCAUCUUUUUGGUCCCAAGGACCCCUCCACCACUUCAUCUUCAUCCACCAGCAUCUUUGGCUCCAUCUUUCCACCUCCUUCAACUGUUGGAGGGAGAGAUUCAACAAAACAAGACAUGGGAAGCAAAAAUUAUGGAGCACCAGGAAAUUACGGUUACAAAGGUGAAAGCAGCGGUGUCCCCAACAAGAAUACCAGUACCAAUUAUCAGAAUGAGCCAGUGGAGCCCAGUAGUUACUACAGUUCAUCAAUCUUUUAUGGUGGUCAAGAAAAUUAUUCCCCAAGAACCAGGACCACUGAAUCCCACCACAUUUUUAAGAAAGACAAGGAUGAUGACGACCCAAAUGGUAAUGAUUCAAACAGUGCUUCAAGAGGGAACUGGUGGCAAGGUUCUCUUUAUUAUUAA